GAGGCCAGAAGGCCUGCGGUGGAGGAGGUCCUGGGAGACAGCAGCCUCGGAUCCUGCGCCCGCCGGGAAGGCGGCGGCAGGGGUGAGGAGGGGACGAGCUCCAGGAGCUCGGAAGGAAUGAACCGGGGAAGGUACCGCGCGGCAGGGUUCGGAAAGGGCAGGCUGCAUGGAGUGACCUUAGUCCAGUCCCUCGCCUCUCUGGGCCUUCCUCCCCUUCCUUAGGGUAGCGAGAGGUGAGACUCGCACCACCCGGGACGCUGCAUCCUUCCUCGGAAUGCAGCGUCACUGGCGAACUCCAGCCUUGCCGAGGAGCCUGUCCCUCGGGGAGCCCGCUCGGACCUCCUGGACAAAGUAGUGACCCACACCCUCUUCCUUACCCCGUUAGAACGCGUACCAAGCCGCUCGGAUGUUCAGUACCAGCGAACCAGGCUCCCCAACUAGGCUCUUAACGCCCUCAGCGUUCAGAAACCUCGUCAGUCAUUUCUGGGUCUCUAGAGGCCCAGCACCACUAGCCCAGGGCAGGUGCACGGUCCCUGGUUAUGAAGACAAAGGCUGAGACCUGAGCACUCUGAACCGAAGCGCACUGGGGAUUCUUUCCAGAUGCCUCUAUUUACUCCGUUGGCCUUCUGGAAGUUGACUUACCUCUCCUUAAGUUUCCCUUGUCUGUAACAUGGAGCCGGGGUGGCUUUCCUUCACAAGGUGGUGAGGGUUGAGCAUGGCUGACCGCUCUGCUCAGCACCCCAUGGUUGCCCAGUAAAUCCUUACUGUUAGCAUAAUGGGCUUGCAUACCUGACCCCUCCAUUCCCACUGCCAGCCACAAGCAUAUGCCCACUGUCACAGAGGGCAAGUGCUCACCCACUCUGCCACAGCCCAAGCUUUUAGGCAAGAUCCCUAGUGGACGGGCCAGGAAAGGAAGGCCAGAAAGAGGACUGGCAUGCUGGCUAGUAUCAGGGUGAGAGUACAAAGAGGCAGCCACCCAUAUGGCAGUAAGUCCUAAUACCACACAUCACCAAACUGUUGUGUUUAUCAAAGAGUAGGCCUAGGCCUCAGAACUGCGUUGGUGGAUCUGGAAAUGGGUAUUUAUUAUUUAUGUUCCAAACACCCCAUGUUUGGGGUCAGAGGCCAGGGAGAUUUGUGGUGGAGGAGGGAGACCUCAGAGCCAUGGGUUCCUGAAUUCAAGUCUUACAGCUGUCACUCACUGGGUGGCACUGGGCAAGGGACUUCACCUCUCUGAGCCCGUUUCCUCAUCUAGAGAGUGGGAUGACGAAAGCAUCAGCUCCUGCUGAAGACUGCAAGAGAUAGUAUGUGUGAGAUCCUUAAUGCUUGGCACAGGGCCUGUCACACAAUUGUGCUCUUUCUUAGGGAACUGUGGGCACAUGCAAGGGGCCCACUCGAGUCCAGAUGACACUCAUGCCGAUGGCUUCAGUGAUGGCCAUGACUGAACCAAAAUGGGUCUCAGCCUGGGGCCGCUUCCUAUGGGUGACGCUGCUCAGCAUGGUGCUGGGGUCCCUGCUGGCCCUGCUGCUGCCGCUGGGGGCCAUGGAGGAGCAGUGUUUGUCCAUGCUCAAAGGCUUCUACCUGCUCAGGAGCAAGUUGGACAGGGUGCAGCAUGCCGUCACCAAGUACACCAUCCCAUCCACAGAGCUCAGUGUCACCUCCAGAGAUGCGGUGCUGCUUAUGGUCAAGACCAAGGCCUCUCCAGCUGGUAAGUUGGAAGCCAAAGCAGCUUUGAACCAAGCCCUGGAAAUGAAGCGCCAGGGCAAGCGGGAGAAAGCCCACAAGCUCUUCUUGCACGCCCUCAAGAUCGACCCGGACUUCGUAGACGCGCUCAAUGAGUUUGGCAUCUUUUCAGAAGAAGACAAAGACAUCAUCCAGGCGGAUUACUUAUACACCAGAGCGUUGACCAUCUCGCCCUACCACGAGAAAGCACUAGUCAAUCGGGACCGGAUGCUCCCACUGGUAGAGGAGAUUGACCAACGGUAUUUCAGCAUCAUCGACAGCAAAGUGAAGAAGGUCAUGUCCAUCCCCAAGGGCAACUCUGCACUGCGCAGGGUCAUGGAAGAAACAUACUACCAUCACAUCUACCACACAGUAGCCAUUGAGGGCAACACCCUCACCCUCUCAGAAAUCAGGCACAUCCUGGAGACCCGCUAUGCUGUGCCAGGGAAAAGCCUGGAGGAGCAGAACGAGGUCAUCGGCCUGCAUGCAGCAAUGACGUACAUCAAUACAACGCUGGUUUCCCGCAUUGGGUCCGUCACCACCAGUGAUGUGUUGGAGAUUCAUAGACGGGUGCUGGGUUAUGUGGAUCCUGUGGAAGCUGGCAGGUUUCGGACAACACAGGUCUUUGUGGGACACCACAUCCCUCCCCAUCCUCAAGAUGUGGAAAAGCAGAUGCAGGAGUUCAUACAGUGGCUCAACUCUGAGGACGCCAUGAACCUGCACCCAGUUGAGUUUGCAGCCUUGGCCCAUUAUAAACUCGUUUAUAUCCACCCUUUCAUUGACGGCAAUGGGAGGACCUCACGCCUGUUGAUGAACCUUAUCCUGAUGCAGGCAGGCUACCCGCCCAUCACCAUCCGCAAGGAGCAGAGAUCUGAAUACUACGAUGUACUGGAAGAUGCCAACGAAGGCGACGUGAGGCCAUUCAUCCGCUUCAUCGCCAAGUGUACGGAGACCACCCUGGACACACUGCUCUUUGCCACAGCAGAGUACCCAGUGGCGCUGCCAGAGGCCAAACCCAACCACUCUGGGUUCAAGGAGACACUGCCUGUCAAGCCCUAACCCUGUAAAUCUGCAUUUGGUGACAAGGGAUGUCCCAGGGAGAAAAGAAAUCAAAGAAACUUAGCAUUUCUCAAAAUCUAGUAGUCUCCCAAAGCAAAAGGAGACGGUAAGGAACUUACACAUUCUGUACCUCCAAAUGUUUUUAGUUAGAAAAACAAACUAAAUUAUUAAGCUUUGUCUCAAAGGUAACUUAUAGUUCAUCCAAGUUAUUUAUUUUCUCCUUUUAAGCUAGUAAACAUAGUGUGGUGUCCACUGUCUGCUGGCGGUCCCUGUUCUUCGGAUGGUCCCAGCAGGCCCUCGGAACAUCACUGCUACUUGUGUGACCAGGACAGAGGUUCUGGAGCAGAAUUUGCACUAAGGCGGGGAGAGGCCGGGAGCUGUGUGAUGAGGUCCAAACCAUAGGGUAACUCCUCCAAGUCUUUCUCUCAAACUGACUGAGAUCAGCAUUCCUGGGGAGAACCCAGGCCUGACCCAGUUGUGAAAAAUGAUUGAAAGCUAGCUUUCUUAAGGCAUUUCUGCUCCCCUACAAAGAGAUUAGCGUUGGGGCUAAUUUUCUGUUAAAGCAAUCUUUUGAGAUAUGAAAUGAAUGUUGCUAACAUUUCUAGGUCGAUACCUUGCUUAUUUCAAGAAAGAGUCUUUGAGCCAUACUUAGCUUGCAAACUAGUGCCAGAAGCUGUUAUUUUUCCCUAUCAAGACUAUUUUUCUAAUUAAGAAUAGGGGAGUGGCCUGGCAGGUCUUACUUGUGUGUCAUUGUUUCUCACACAUCAUUUGCAGAAACUCAGUCCAGAUGCUUUAGUCUGAAAGUUCUCUGGGUUUGUUACCCAACAACUGAAACAUGGUGUAAAUCAGGUAUUGCACAGGUGAGCAAGUCUACCCUACCGCCCCCCAUCCCCCCAGUGUGACCCCUCCUACAGACGUUAAAGAACACAUUUGAAAAAACAUGCCACAUCAACAGCAAAAGUAUUUUUGACAAUGAAUUAAGAGUGCCAGUUUCUACUGAACCAAGAACCUCCGAAUGAUGUGUCCCUGUUGUCCUGCAGUUUUAUCCACUCGCUGCCCCGACUCCCACCUCCCACAGCCAUUGCACUGUGCUGUCCGGCACCCUUUGGGGAAGCAGAAUAGAGUGCCUUGGAGAGGCCUUAUUUUUCUAGCAACUUGUUAAAUGAUAAAAUGUAUGUAAUAUGGCCAAGGUCCCAAGCUGUCAUGCUGCGUAAGUAGAAUCUUCCCUUCCAAUCACCCGUGGCACAGGUGCCAACCCGACAGCUGCUAUUUCCAGUCUCAGUGGUUGGAAACCACUGGUUCCUUUUCCAGGGACAGAGCCAGUCAUGUUUCUCACACUGACUGCUCUUUGUCAGUGUCUGAAUGACGGUGACUAUACAAAGUGCUGUCUGAGUUGAGAAUUCAGAUCCUGAUAAUGAGGUCAUUAUUCUGAUGUAACAAGUGUUCAUAGUUAUUUAAUUACGUAACAGUAGUUUCCUGAAUAAUUAAGUAAAAAAGUGUAGAGACAUAUGAAAUGGUCCCAAGUGAUGGUACCUUUAUAAAAAAUAUUUUCAUACUUGUAUGCUGCCAUAAGGUAUUUCUUAAACCUUAAGUCUUCUAUAUUGGGUUUUCUAAGUCACAAAGCCUGACAGAAGUGCUUGCUUUGUUUUAUAGAGAGAAAUUUGCACUUUAGCUCUAUGUGAAAGAUAGUAUUUUAACAAAUUACUGACUAAUAAAGUAUUUUAUUACA